CUCCGCUGGGCUCGGCUAAAGAAGAUUUUGAACUUUGGCCCAUCAUCGUCUUGAUUGCGCCGCUCGCACAGUAGUGGAUAGUGGCUUAGUUUAGUUGCACCGCCGAGGCUAUAUAGUAGCCAGUCGGAGCAUCAUCGUCAUCAUCAUCGGCAGCGGCAGCGUCAGUAGCAGAAGAUUGCAUGUAUGUAUAAGCAGUGGGCGCAUCGCAUUUUGUUCGCGCGCCUAUAAGCGAAAGUUUACGAAGCGUCGGCGGCCAGUGUGCCAGCGCGGGUAAACACACGAGUCUCGGAACUCGCCCGUUGCCAGUUUUCCCAGUGUAUCGAGUUUUAUGGCCGUGCAAUUGCGCCUCACGAUGAAAACUUGAUUAUCCGCCUGUUUAACGAUCGCGCCGAUCAUCGACACUGUCCAGAUAUGGAAUCGACUCGAGCGUCAAUUCGACGGCUCGUAUUUACACACGGCAAUGAGUAACUCGCGCCGAUGACCUUAUAAUCUUGGACUCGUGCGGCCCGACGGACUCAAUGGCUCAAUCGAGCACAAAAACGACUACGAGCAAUGGCAACGGCAACGCCACGACUCAUCUACAUCAUCAACAGGCCCAGCAGCAGCAGCAGCAAAAAGUACGCAAAGUACUGGUGGAGAAUCGUGGCACUGGACACCUGGUUCAGUACAAUCAGCGUAGCAGCAUCAGCAGCAUCAGCACAGUCAGCGCCAACAGUAGCAGUAGCAGCAUCAGCAGCAGCAGCAGCAGCAGCAGUGGUAGUAGCAGCAGCGGUAGCGGCAGUAGGAGUAACAAUAGGGAGAAGGAGGUAGUUGUAGCCGGCAGCGGCGCCACACCACAGCAGCAGCCACAGCAUCGGACGCAGCAGCAGUCGAGAACAGUAGCGAGCGUUAAUAUAAGGAAGAAGCAUCAGGCAACGCAGUCGGAGCGCGCCAACAACAAUCGUACGCGUCGUCCGGUGAAUCUCGACUUGCGACCGGCAAAGUCUAGCAGUCUGCCGAAAUCGGCGUCGCUGCCCUCGGUCAUCCCCCGUCAAGGCAUACUCAAGUUCUCCUCGGCGGACUCGAGCAGCAGUCCCCAGCGCAAACAGCAUCAGCCGCAGCAACAGGCCCCGACCAAGUGCCGAAGCUUCAGCUCUCUUCUGCAGCAACUGCGACACCCUAGUCGCAAGUCGGCCAGCAGCAGCAGCUUACACAUCCGCGAGCCAUCGGCGCCACUGAUAGCGGUCCGGCACUCGUCGUCGAACGAGUCCUCGCCGGUCUCCCCGUACAAGUCCGUGUCGUUCAGUCCCGACACGAGCUUCGCCAGUGCCUCGGAGGCUCGACCCAGCCAGAAGCGCAAGGGCCAGCAGGCCAAGCUCCACUCGUGCGUGGGCUAUCGGCAAGGUGUGCUCGCGGACGACGAUCGACUGCAGUGCAAUCUGCCAUCCUCGUGGGAGGAGGCCCUCGGCGGGCCGAAAGCUCUCCUGAUAGCGGCCCAGGAUGCCGACGACGAUGUCGUGCGACGCAUCGUCAAUCUCGUCGGCAAAGCCGGCCUGGGCGACAUCGACGUCAACGCGAGGGAUCCCAGUGGCAGGACGGCGAUAAGCUACAUGGCUGGCAACGGCAGUGCGCUCGUGUUGGAGGCCUGUCUGGGAUUCCCCGGCGCCGAUGCCAAUCUACCGGACAACGAAGCCAACACGCCGCUGCACUUUGCCGCCCAAGCUGGACAGACCGAGUGCGUGAAUAUACUGCUGCAGCGCUGCCCGAGCAUCGAGGUUGACGCGAGAAACUCACUUGGCUUUACUCCACUGAUGAAAGCAGCGCUUCAAGGCAGGACAAAAUGCGCCAAAAUUCUACUUUUCGCCGGUGCGAAUCCGACGUUACGGGAUCACGGGCGGGGCUUCCGGGCCGAGCAGUGGGCUCGUUUCUGCGGCCGCUACGUCUGCGCCGAGGUCAUCGAGAGGUUCGCCCGCCACAGGCUGCUGGAGAAGAGCAGCUCUUGCCGAUGGGGUAGCGAGCCCGAGCUGGCCGCGCAGAUUCUCCAGGGCAAGUUCAUGGCGAUGCCGCCGCCACCGCAGCCGGUGCAGCAUCACGGCACGGGCGGCAGUCUCAAGUCCAAGUUUCGUCGGGUCUUCCGUACGACUUCGAACUCUGAGCGCAGCAGCGGCGGCGGCGGUGGAGGUCACGGGAGCGGCGGUGGCUUCUCCCUCGUCUCGCAGCUGACGAGCGCCGCCCUGUGCGCCUCCAGCCCCGUACUGCCCAAAUCGUCGGACGUCUCGCCCGUCGUCAAGAGCCUGCUCAGGCCCCUCAGCGUGCCCCAGUUGAGGGUGACGCUGGUGACUCAGGACGCCGCCGAGAUCGACAGAAUCGAUGCGCAACUGCAGCAACAGCAGCAGCAGCAACAGUCAACUACAGUCGUCAAGCCCGCUCGAACGAAAAAAAAGAAUAGCAAUAAUAGUACGUAGUGCUGGUCACUGGCCAGUGCGAUACACGGUGUGGUUUCGUAUUAUAUAUGUCAUGUUCACUUAUCUCUCCGCGUCUCUCUUGUCCUUUUUUAUCAUUAUUAUCGUGCAUUUCAAUCGUGAGAUGAAGACGACGGCGAUGUUUCUUUUUAUAAACAUAUCUAUAUACAAUUCACGGAUACAUUGUAGGCUCGGAUAAAUGACAUAAAUCAUGGAAAUUUCAACGUUCAUGUUUAUAUUUAUUAUAAUAUGUAUCAAGGGACAUAUAUGUGUUUAUGUAAUAACGCGCAUAUAUAUACAUAAAAUUAUAAAUAUGUAAAAUAUAUAGAAGCGAGUUUGAAUCUUGCAUUUUGUACGAAAAAAAUCGUUGUUUGAAAUUAUUUUAUUUACAUAUACUCACGCAUGAUUCUAAAACGUCGGAAAAGUAAGAUUGGAAAGUGCAUUUGGAGCAAGCCUCGACAGCAUCGCUCGAUGCUGUCCUUUCUACCAUACAAUACACAAGAUACAUGUGUAUACAUAAAUAAUAUAUAUCUAUAUGUAACAAAAGUUAAACAACGACGGCGGGUAUACGAUUGUUUACCAUACAAUAACAUCGAAUUCUAUGCGCCGGGGCGCGCGUAAAGCUCGAUCUCUUUUCAAUUAAUUGUCCACGGCCGAGUAGGCGUAACAAUGCAAAAUCUGCGCGCGCUCUCUCUCUCUCUUUUUCUCACUCGUGCUCGCUCGCUCGCGCGCGCGCAGUUAAAUAGGUCGUUUACCACUCAGCCCGACGACCAAGUUUCUGCUGUCUCUCCGUGAUUUCUGUAUUAUACACGUACUAUUUUCAUACUCGUUAAAAUGCCCUGCCAUUGUUGAUUUUUCAAAACUUUUCGCGCGCGUAUAGCGUUAUUUAGCGCGAAAAGCUCGAAGAAAGAAUUAUUAUAGUUACGGUGGCGCGUACGGAUUAAUUUUAGCCUUUUCUCAUAGCUGUUGCGCGCAUGAUCGAAGCUUUACGAGCUUUCGCAGCACACGCACGCACGCACAUACAUUCACACACAUAUACACAAUCGAGUAUUUUACCCUGCGCGCAGUCUAUGUAAACAAAUACUGUACUAUGCUUGUGGCUAUAAUUAAUCAAACUAUCCACAAAAUGAUUUUAUCGAUUUUAUAAGAUACGCACGUUGACUCAUUGAGACCGCACAAAUACACAUUUACAAAUAAGCGUACAUACACACGCACGCAUACACAGCGCUCCAA